AUACAUCCUUGCUCCAGGCUCCGCUGGUACCAGGCCAGUAAAAGAAAAAAAAGGAAAAAAAAGCGAUUCACAUCGCUUGCAGUCAACGACUCAUUUUUUCCAAAUACUUCAGUGUGUGAGCGACGCAACUCUCACAGACUGCUUCGUCGCUGUGGUUUUCUCUUACAAGCCGGUUUGGAGAUGCUCCGGGGGGCAGUGAGCAGGGCCGUGCUCUGUCUGUCCUGCUCUCUCCUGCUGGUGGUCUCUAUCCCAGCAGACGGUGCAGGGGCAGCAGGGCCUUUUUCUAUACCCUCUGAACAACAGUCUGAGGGACCAGGCCUUGAGGAUCGGGAGUGGGGUUCUGGAUCAUCUCUUCUGCACCUGCUCCACAGCUUCCCUGCUGACAGCCCCUUCAUAACCGAGACUCCAGGAAAACCAGUCAACUGCACCCAGCGCUUCUGGUUACCACCAUCCUCUCCAAUCUGCUGGGAAAACAUAGCCGGACCCGAGGAGUUUGCGAGGUCGCGUCUGCUCGUCCUCCAGAACAGGGCUGCCCUGCAGGCUGUGUCUACUACCAGCGGCGUGGAGGAGGGAGGGGUCUCCUACGAACUCCAAGCCCAAGGGGAGGUCCAGGGGAUCCACUCAGACCACCUGAACGUGGUAGAAACUAUGCAGACCAUGGAGAAGGUGUUUGCCUCUCUGAAGGAGACCAGGAAAGAUGGGAAGGAGCAGGGAUUCUUCACAAGCAUGAAGGAGCAUCUUGCCAACACGAGAGACACCAUAGAUGGAAGAGAUCACAUGGCGAACAUCCUGGAGAGCCAAUUUUCUAAAAUAGAGAAUACUUUGCUCAACAUGCAGCUGCGACUGCACAAACUCAUCCUGCCGUGACUGUAACAUGAACGGGUUGUCCUAUUUGUAUUAGUAUAUAUAUUUAGGUUAUUGGAUUAUGUUAGUAGUACUCGAUAUACACCAUAUGUCAUCAAAGCAGCCUAAAAGUAACGCGUCAACUUGUAUUCGACAAAUACACCUCAAACUGUGAUGGCGAUGUAUCGGACAUGAAGCUGUUAAAUCAUGGAGAGUUCAUUGUCACGGCAGCAACCACAAGACAUGUGUGAAGCUUAAAAUGGAACAAUUGCCUUGUUCAACACAUUAUUCAAGACGAAUCAACUGCAUUUGUGUAUUUCUCUCUGGCUGUAGUGUAAAAUACAUGCAGAGCAACAUGAAUAUCAGACAGCACAAACCUUUAUUUUAGUAUCAAAACAAAUCAUUUGUAAAUGCAUUGGGAUGAGUAUGAUGAUACGGUAGUCUGUGGUUAUAUACACUUUAAAUAUUCACAUCUAUUGGGCCGAUUGUACAUUUAAGUUUAGAAAGAUGCUGAAUGUUCAUGUACUUAAGGUGGAAAAAAAAAGAGGGAUUUGUACUUUUGAUUAAACAACUUUCAAGUAUUGCUGAACUACCUGUAACUAAAACCUGACUAUCUUUUAAAAACACAAUGUAGAACUUAGAAUCAGUAACAAGGACAUAUUACACUUCAACAUGUUUGACAGCAUCUGUAAAAUAAAGUGUUCACCCAA